GAGAUGAAAUAUACGCAUCCGCUUUUACCAAUUCAUGUCCCUUUUCAAACCUGCCAUGCAAAAGAUUUGCCACCUUGCCCCAUGGUAAGGUAAUUAAUGUGAAAUUUCUCAAAGAAUCAAGCUGACCAUCUACAGCUAUUAUUACAAGUUUCCGUGAGAGACUCAGACUGGCACUGUACAUGAAUUGGCCUCAAUUCCAUCUUCAACCCUUUACUAUUUACCCAGCUGCAAAUUAUUAUUCUCCAACUUGGAUCCUUUAUUCAACCUAUUUCCUCUUUUAAAACCAAAUUGAUGGAGCUUGAGAUGAGUAGCGGGAAUGAUGAAUUUGUGAAUUGGAGAGGGGAAAAGGCAGAUCCAAGAAGGGAUGGUGGGAUUAGAGCUGCUUCCAUUGCAUGCGGUUUGUAUGCUAAGGAUUUCUCUGUACUGUGUUGUGGAAGUAUUGGAGAACAUGGUUUUCUUAUCCAAUGCCUCAAACUUUGUUGCAUACUUUCUCCAGUCUAUGCAUUACUCAGCUGCUAAAUCAGCAAAUAUGGUCACCAACUUUAUGGGGACCUCUUUUUUGCUUACCAUAGUUGGAGGCUUUAUUUGUGAUUCUUUCAUCACAAAAUUCACAACCUUCAUAUCCUCUUGCGUAGUAGAGUUGCUGGGACUAAUAUUGCUGACAAUCCAAGCUGAUCACCCACAUUUAAGACCAGCUAUGAAUUCAAGUCCUUCUAAGUCUCAAGAAGCCAUCCUUUACACAGGCGUGUAUGUCAUGGCCACUGGUGUGGCUGGAAUCAAGGCCUCCUUACCUACACAUGGUGCUGAUCAACUCGACUGCAGCAAUCCCCGACUCAUCACAUCCUUCUUCAAUUGGUUUUUCUUUUCGCUAUGCACCGGAGGGUUGAUAUCAGCUACUGUGAUGAUGUGGGUUGAAGAAAACAAAGGAUGGAAUUGGAGUUUUAAAAUUUCUAUUGUAGCCUUGGUUUUGGCUCUUUGCAUUUUCACAAUGGGGACUCCAAUUUAUAGAAACAAACGUCCUAGUGGAAGUCCUUUAACAAGAAUCUUUCAGAUUCUUGCUUCUGCUAUUAAAAAUAGGAAUGCCUCACUACCAGAGAGACUAACAGAGCAAACUCCAUCUCAACUAAAUCCAAAAAGAUAUGAAAAAUACCAUUACCGGUUCCUUGAUAAAGCACUAAUAAACACAGCCAUUGAUUCAGAUGAGGUUGAGGAAACAAGAACUUUCCUUGCGCUGCUCCCCAUAUUUGCAAGCACAAUCAUGAUGAACUGCUGCUUGGCUCAACUCCAGACAUUCUCAGUCCAACAGGGGAACAUCAUGAAUAGAAAAAUCCACCAUUUCCAAAUUCCUACUCAAUCAUUAUCAGUUUUACCCAUCUCCAUCAUGCUUGCUUCAGUAGCGCUGUUCGAUCGUCUGCUACGCACUCUAGGAAACAUGAGUAAAACCUUCCGCCCACUCCGGCGUAUUGGAGUGGGACUUGCCCUUGCGUCAGCCUCCAUGGCCACGGCUGCUGUAGUCGAGUCGAAGCGACGGUGGGCUGCAGAGAACAAUGUCACUCUUUCUGUGUUUUGGCUUGCGUGGCAAUACCUGUUGUUGGGUAUCUCUGACAUGCUUACUCUGGGAGGAAUGUUCGAGUUUUUCUACUCGGAGGCACCCCAUAGCAUGAGAAGCAUGUCAACUGCACUGUCAUGGUGUUCCACUUCCGUGGGCUACUUCCUUAGCUCUGUUCUGGUUGCCAUAACCAAUUCGGUGACUGGGAAAUUUGGGCAUGAAUGGCUAGGAGGAAACAAUUUGAACAAGUCUCGGUUGGAUCUGUUUUAUAUGCUUCUUUGCAUUCUUAAUUUCCUGAAUAUUCUCAACUACAUGUAUUGGGCUAAGCGGUAUUAGCUAAUUAAUUAAAAGUUCGUAAUUCUUGCAGAUAAUGCAUAAAUAUUGCACCAAAAUAAAUAAAAUACCAACUCUCUUAAUAUUUA